AUGUGGCCUUACUGCGCGACACGUGUUGCACUGCCAUUACUUAUCCGUGAAAUAAUUCUCUAUAUUAGUAAUACAUCAGGAUUACCGGCAUAUGUUGGUUAUGUAUCAGCUGUUGGCCUUGGACUUUGUUCGAUUCUACAAGCCAUUAUUCAUCAACACAUCUUUUUUCGAAAUCAACGAAUCGGCAUACGCAUUCGCAAUAUGCUAAGUUGUGCCAUCUAUAAACAUUUAUUGACGAUCAAUACGGCGUCUCUUUAUAAGACUACUGCCGCUCAAACAAUCAAUUUAGUUGCAAAUGAUGCCAGUAAAUUUGAAGAAAUGGCUUCUUACUUUCAUUAUAUAUGGUUUGCACCCAUUGAAGCUUUGAUAAUGUUCGGUCUCAUCUGGUGGAGUAUUGGUUUACCAACAUUGUUCGGUUAUGCCAUACUCGUUCUUUUAGUACCUACACAGCUCAUAUUCAGUCGAUUAUUCAGUCGAUUCCGAAGGGUAACAAUGGCAUGUACGGAUAAACGUGUUCAGACGAUCAAUGAGCUUGUUAACGGAUGUCAAAUUAUUAAAAUGUACAAUUGGGAAAAAGCUAUGGAACGAUUAGUACAUGAUACACGACGAUCUGAACUUCAGAGUAUCUUCAAAUCUAGCCAUUUGCGUGCUCUUAAUAUUGCUAUCUUCUUUGCAUCGUUACCUUUAAUUUCUCUUGCUACAUUUGGUGGUGGUUGGCUCAUGGGUAAAAAGUUACUAACAGCAGAUGUUUUUACGGCUUUGUCCUACUACUCUUUAAUUCGAACGCCAUUAACGUCGCUAUUGCCACUGAUUAUUGAAAAGCUCAGUGAAGCUCGUGUUGCAGCAACAAGAAUCGAUCAAUUUAUGGCAUUAGAAAUACUGCUGAAUAGACGGAAAAAAGAAGAAAACGAAAAAGGGGAUCAUGCAAUAAUAAUGGAAGAUGCAUCGUUUUCUUGGAAAAAUACUCCUUGUCUAUAUUCUGUUCAUCUCACAAUCAAACAUGGUACAUUAGUUGGAGUGAAAGGUGCUAUCGGUGCUGGAAAAUCAUCUCUACUAGCUGCCAUUCUCGGCGAGAUCAAUCUUGUCAGUGGAUCAAUACGACAAUAUGUUCGUUCUGUUUCAUAUGCUCCACAAUCAUCAUGGAUAUUUGCUGACACUAUACGAAGUAAUAUUCUACUUGGCAAACCAAUGGAUGAAGAACGUUAUAAGAGUGUCAUAAAAGCAUGUUGUCUUGAUAUUGAUCUACAACAUUUUGGUGAAGUCGGAGAUUUGAUGAUGAUCGGUGAUAAAGGUGUCAAUCUGAGUGGAGGACAAAAGGCUCGAGUAGCAUUGGCUCGUGCUCUUUAUACUGAUGUUGAUUUGUAUUUAUUCGAUGAUCCACUAGCUGCAGUUGAUCCCAAAGUGGCAAAAAAAAUAUUUGAUCAAUGCAUUGGCCCACGUAGUCUCCUUCGUGAAAAAACUAGAAUAUUAGUUACACAUCAGAUACAUUUCUUAGAUGAAGCUGAUCAAACACUUCGCUUGACAAAUGGUCGUAUUGUUGAAUUAUAUAGUGAACAAGUUGAUGAAGAUGAGCAAUCGAACAGUACAACGGAAGCAGAUUUAUCUGACGACAAUGAAGCUGAUUUUAAACCUAAUAGUGCUAUAGCUGACAUGAAUUCGAUCGUGAAAGUCGAAACAUCAACCGAAGGCGCUGUCAAGUGGGCUAUUUGGUUUCAACUAUUCACCGCACCACCAUUACGCUGGUUUGGAUUUUUCCUACUCAUAAUUUUACUUUUCGCUACCGAAGCUUUGUACGAUUUUACAAAUCGUUGGCUCUCUCUUUGGUCUGCCAAAUCUGAGAAAAACGAAAGUUCAUCAUUAGAUGCCUAUAUCUAUCUUGGAUUGACGUUAGGUACAUUGAUCGCUGCAUUAGUGCGUGCCAGCUUUCUCUUCUAUGUCAUGUUAUGUGGAUCGACUUGUUUUCACAAUCGAAUGCUUACAGGUAUCUUAUAUACUUCGUUACGUUUUUUUGAAAGUAAUCCGAGCGGACGAAUAUUGAAUCGAGCAAGUAAAGAUCAACAAGUCUUAGAUGACUUAUUACCUCUGACUUUAAUCGAUACCAUGCAAAAUCUAGUGAUGAUUCUCGGCUCUGUCGUAAUAAUCGGAAUAAUUAAUCCAUGGGUGCUUCUAAUUCUCGUUCCGAUGGUUCCUGCAUUUUGGUGGCUUCGUAGAUUCUACAUGUGUUCAAGUCGUCAACUCAAGCGGCUCGAAAGUGUAACGCGUAGUCCAAUCUAUGCAUUGUUCUCAUCUUCAUUAGAAGGACUCACUAGUAUUCGUGCAUUUCAAGUUCAAGAUGAUUUCAUCAACAUGUUCAUGGAAAGAAUUGAUACAAAUUUUCGGGCUUACUUCGUCCUCCUUGCUGCUGGUCGUUGGUUUGGCUUGCAACUGAGCUAUAUGACAUCGUUACUCACACUGGUUACGGCUAUUCUUGCGGUAGCAUUGCGUCAUCAAAUCAAUCCAUCGGCAGCUGCUCUCAGCAUCACCUACUGCAUCAGUUUUACAACUCUCUUCCAAUGGGCUGUACGACAAUCAGCCGAAGCUGAAAAUUUUAUGACAAGUGCCGAACGUAUUCAUGAAUAUGGUGAACUUUCACCCGAAAGCCAUAAAAACAAUAGUAAAAGUGAAGUACUCAUUCAACCACCAGAUGAUUGGCCUUCUCGUGGUAUUAUCGAAUUUAAAGACUACACAUUUCGCUAUCGACCAGAGCUAGGUCCUGUGCUGAAAAAUCUUAAUCUACGCAUUGAAUCCAAGGAAAAGAUUGGAGUGAUUGGUCGUACAGGUGCUGGGAAAUCAUCACUUCUUCAGGCUCUCUUUCGUCUUGCCGAUCAAUCAUUAAUCACUGGCAGUAUCCUCAUCGACGAUAUUGAUAUUAGCUGUCUUUCACUCAAUCAACUUCGUUCUCAUUUAAGUAUUAUUCCACAAGUACCAAUUCUAUUCUGUGGUACACUUCGAUACAAUCUUGAUCCUUUUGCACAAUAUUCUGAUGAAGAAUGUUUUAGAGCACUUGAAGCUGUUCAACUCAAACAAUUGGUCUGUAAUCAUCCCGAUGGGCUUAGUCAAUUAGUGGCUGAAUCAGGUAGUAACUUAAGUGCUGGAGAACGUCAACUAAUCUGUGUAGCACGAGCGAUUCUCAAGAGAAGCCACAUAUUACUUAUUGAUGAAGCUACGGCCCAUGUUGAUCAUGUGACUGACAGUAUGAUUCAAAAUGUUAUUGCAGACAAGUUUCGUGAUCGUACCAUACUGACAAUUGCACAUCGAUUGAAUACAAUAGCGAACAGUGAUCGCAUUCUUAUGUUGCAACAAGGAGAAGUUGCCUAUUUCGAUGUCUCAAGUAAUAUUGAUUUAACUUAG